UGGAAAAGGGAAAGAUAACAGAAUUGAACAUAACACACUGAACAGGAGACUGCUGCCUUCUUUCUACAGAGUGCCUAACUAAUUUUUUUUUGUCCCUUUUUUUUCUUUCUAGGAGUGACAAAAAAGACCCUGGCUCUGAAGUCCCUCUGCCAGUCUCCUUAGGUUGCUCUGGCCUGCCCACAUCAUUCCUGCAGCUUUGGUGGCUCUGGAUGGCUGGUGAAGAGGGAUGUUCAAUCUAAUGGCAAAUUGCUGCAACUGGUUGAAACGGUGGAGGGAACCUGUCAGGAAGGUGACACUAAUAAUGGUGGGUCUUGAUAAUGCUGGAAAAACUGCUACAGUCCGAGGAAUUCAAGGAGAGUCUCCUGAAGAUGUGGCUCCAACAGUUGGAUUUUCCAAAAUUAAUCUUAAACAGGGACGCUUUGAAGUCACCAUCUUUGAUUUAGGAGGUGGAAAACGAAUCCGGAAUAUCUGGAGGAAUUAUUAUGCUGAGUCCUAUGGUGUCAUAUUUGUGGUGGAUUCCAGUGACAUUGAAAGAAUGGAAGAAACAAAACAAGCCAUGAUAGAAGUGUUAAAAAGCCCUAAGAUAUCAGGAAAACCUGUGUUAGUGCUGGCAAAUAAGCAGGACAGAGAAGGGGCUCUGUCAGAAGCAGAUGUGAUCGAGUCCUUAUCUCUGGAAAGGCUGGUUAAUGAACACAAGUGUCUCUGUCAAAUUGAGCCUUGCUCAGCAAUCAUGGGCUGUGGGAAAAAAAUUGACAAAUCAAUCAAAAAGGGAUUAUUUUGGCUUCUUCAUAUCAUAGCAAAAGAUUUUGAUGCCUUAAGUGAGCGCAUCCAGAGAGACACUACAGAGCAAAAAGCACUUGAGGAGCAAAAGAAACUGGAACGAGCUGAGCGAGUCAGGAAGAUUCGGGAGCAGAGGGAAAAAGAAGAAGGAAAUGCUCCUGAGGAGGAUGACCCUGAGCCUGGGAAAUGUGGAAACCCCUUCCAGCCUAUAUCUGCUGUAAUCUCUGAGAAUGAAAAACAGCUGGAAAAGGAAAAGAAGAGACAAAAGUUAGAGACUGAAAAGGAUACAAUUGUCUUGAAAUCCCAAGCAGAGCAGGACCACUUAUCAAGUAGCAGUAGCCAAAACACAAAUGACAGCAGGCUGGAAAGGUGCAACUCUACAACUGCCCAGCUUUUGCAGCAUGCAGAAGAGAGUGACCAACAAGCCUCAGAAUGCCUUGACUCAGAUAACAAUAAGAAAAAAAGUAAAAAACCAAAAUUAAAAAGGGGCCACAGAGUAGAACCUGUUAAUGCAGAGGACUCUCUUCCCAAGAAUCCUACACCACCAGCAGCCCUUCCACCAGUUGGAUGGGGAACUCCCAAACUUAACAGACUUGGAAAACUUGAGCCUCUUGGUGAAACACAUCAUCCUGAUUUCUAUGGAAAGCCUCUGCCCCCACUGACUCUACGCCAAAGACCCAACAGUGAUACCCAUGAUGUCAUUGCUUAACUGGAGCACAAAGAGAAUUUAAAAAAACCAUAAAUUAAAAAUCCUACCUUUUUUUUUUUUUACCCUUGAAGGAAAGUUUUUUACGUGACAUUUUAUCAGCAUGUGACAACUAAACAUGGAGUUCAUCCUGUUGUGCUUAAUGGUCAGACUUUAUCAUUUACUUUUCACAUCACCAGCUCUUCUUCAGGAUUUAUUUGGUUUACUUGUGAAAAGACAUGGCUGUAAACCUGAAGAAAAACACCUUCAAGAUCCCAUAAUACUGGAUUGUACAUUCCCACCGAGACCUUUCUCUAGGUGCUCUGCAGGUGUUGGUAUUUUUUCAGGGAAUAAAUUAUUCUAAAGCAUUUUGUAAGAUUACUGUACGAUAGGGUGAAUAUAGAAAGGUUAAACAAAUAUUGAAUAUAUUUUUCUACCUUUUUAUAAAAUGAGUUGAAAGUUUGAGUGGAGCUGUAUACCUACUACCAAUGAAAUGAUACCUAGGGAGCAUUAUAAAAGCUGAUAGUCAAGUGCAUAAAAAUAAAGUGUGUUUGACUCUUAUAUUUCUGUUACAGUACCAAUACCUUUUCUUAGGUAUUACAUUACAUAUUUCAUAUUACUGGCAGUCUGAAGCAGAGGGUACGAUAAAAAAUGUAAAAUAAAUAUAUUUUAUACAAAAUAAUAGUAUUUGAACUGUCUGGAAGUUUUCUUACGUGUUUUCUUUGUUUUGUUAACUGAGUUUGACAUAGGUAAUAAAUUCUGUGGAAAAAAAUAGAGUGAAUACUGUAUUGUCUACUACAACAAACGAGAAAAUUUCACAUAGUGGGAAAUUUGCACUGAUUAAAUCAUCAGUUUUGAUGGGAAAUUGAAUCAACCAGUAUGCAGAUGACCUCCCUCAGUUGUUAAUCUCAAUAAUACUAAAAUACCAUCUUGCAUACUAAAGAAACUCUGUUUUUUUAAGUAUUUCUGUAACACUUCCAUAUAAUGUGUUGAAAAUCACAUACCUAAAUAACAAGGGUUACAAUUUGUUAUAUUCUUAUUUAAAUGUUUUACUGUUACAUUGGAGACAACCAGUGGUGUAUUUGUAAAGGUUCAUUGUUCUGCCACUUAAUGACAGACAGGAUGAAGCCCCCAUUCAGGGUUUUUUUUUGGAGAAGCAGUAUUUGGUAAUUUUAUACUGUGGUCUGUCAUCAAUAAUGUGGUUUUACCAAAGGAGUUUAGAUGUUGAAACAAUGUGGUGUGUUACAUGUUCAGCACUUUGAUAUUGGAAAUCCUUGCCAUGCAACCCUUGCAGCAAGGAGUUGCACAAACAUCUGUCAUAUUAAAAUGAAAUAAUUAAGAUUUUUAAAGAGUAAGGUGGAAUCAGUCUUAAGGAUACUAAGAUUGGAAUGGUGGAAAGGGUUAUUCCUCUAUGUUUGCUAGUUUAGAGAAAGGAGGAAAUUAUUUCUAUGUGACUACCAGCAUGAGGAUACUUCUGUUGUAUUCUAAUACUGGAUCAUGAUCCAGUUGAAUUAUUCUCAGGAUUUGGUCAUUUUCCCUUCAGACAACACAAUACUAAGUGGAGGGGAGGUUGCACAAAAAUGUAUAUGUGCAAUCUCAAUUUUACUAACACUAGCUCUGUUACCACUUAAGUUUUUGGCUUAAAGGCUCUACUUUUGAAGACUUACUUUUUUACAGCUUCAACUUCUAGGAAUGUAUUACACUUUUGUUUUCCCUCUUUCCUAAAAUAAAUCAUGCAAGUCUUUAUUAAAAAUAAAGCUAAAUACUGCUGUGGUAACAAAUUUGAGGAAGUAAAAUAUUGAUGCUUAUAUAUUGAACUGUGUGUUCUGUGUGUUGUAUGUGUGGACACAUGUAUCAUUUUUGAUUUUGGCUUUUAAAAUAAAUUUUACCAGUAUGUGACCAAUGUACUCAAAAAUGUUUUAUAAGUUUUUGUUUUAUUAAUAUGCUUUGUAAUUAUUUACUAUGCUGGGUUUUUUUUCAGUAAUUUAUACUGCUAUGACUUUUUAUUUGCUCAAGAUGACAUUUAUGUAUAGAAUAAAACUAAUGCAAAGCAUCAACAUGUUUCCUGUAUUUACAAUUUUUUGGAAGUAAGUCUAGUCUAUAAAUAUUUAAGGGCUGCGAGUCUCACAUUUCUAAAAUGUAUGAAAUAGAGUCCUUAUAGACAGAAUCUUUGCAUAUUUUUGCAGGAGAAAUGUGAUCAAAUUUAGAAUAUACUGAUAGAUUGGCAAGAAGUUGAGUGUAUAUGUAUACCUAUAAAGAGCUUUGAUAGUGCACUUAAUAUUUGAGAGAUAAAAGUUGUGCAGCUGUAAAUUGAGAGCACAAAUAGAUUUUGCCAGACUUUUUGUCAUCCUUAUCAUCACUGUUGAAAUGUAUCAGUGCAUGCAGAUAAGAGUAUUUGUACUUAAAUACAGGAGUGGUAAGAACACAGAAA